AUGAACGAUGACGGGGUCUCCAAAGAAGCGAAGACGGACGUGAUCAAGAAAGACCUCGCCGGAGCUAAGGAAGCGGCCGCUGAUGCCAUAGAUAGAAAGAAGGGGAGAUUGGUGCCGAGAACAGCUACUCUGCGACUGCGCAGGACCAACGCUAGGGAGAAACAGAAGAUCCUUCUUGCCGUUUAUCUUUACAAUCAUGAUUCGACAGCCAAUGCUGUUAACAGCGGAGAAUGGUCUUUGAGAAACUCUCCUACUGCGAUGGCCACACCUUUUCGUUUGUUGCCUUCUCUAUCGUAG